GUUGAGUAUGUAAUACUUAUACACACGAGGGGAUAAUGUGGUACGAAUAAUUGCAAGAUAUUAGCGAGCCAUGGUAAGUAAAGAUUGGCGUCGCAUUAUCACAAUCCAUAUAUAUAUAUACUACCCACCUACGCAAGGGGAGACCGAAUUGGUAUAUUAAACGCGAGCACCCAUAUAGCACCCAUAUAUCCAGUAAGCAGGUAGGUAGACAUUUCAGUAGGUAUAAUUACCAAAACAUCUUUGCUUUUCGGGUUUCUUUUUAUUGGAACUUUUGCCUUUCAAGAUAUUCCGCGGUUCCCCAUUUAUUACCUCCUUAACCUAUCGAGGCCGGUCCUCUGGCAACGCCAUUCCACGAGGGAGGCACAUUUACGGAAGUCUUCACACUCCUCGUUCAGUAACCCAUGAUCGUCAUCUUAAGUAUUUAUACGAAAGCGACAUUAUGGCGGACGAACAAGUUAGUUAUAACACGUCGACCACUUCAUUUCUAAGUGAUAUCUUUAUCGAGAAGCUGUACUUGCCUUUUACCACUACUCUUCUAUCGGCCAUCCCCAGCAGUAUCUGGAUUACCAUUCUGGCAUUAAGCGUCCCUUGGGUGAUAUAUCAAGCUUUUUUGGCCAUAGCCCGAGAGUCACAGCUUCCGGCCAAUGCGCCACCGCUAUGGAAGCCUGACCAUUUGCCUUUCAUCGGCGCGAUCCGUUUCUUCACCGGGCGGACAGACAUGUACCUGGAAGCGGUAAGCGCACACUCCAACAGGGGCCCGAAAUCCGGAAACUUUAGCUUCUUCCUCGGAAAAAGACAUGUCGUCGGUCUAGGUAUAUCCGCCGAGGAGAGGACGAGCUUUUUUGAAAACAGGAAGAUGAGCCUCAUGCAAGGGACUGCGGAGUUGCUGACGGGUUUACCCCUUACGCCUGACAUCGAGCGCUUCAGCAAGUAUUUUGUCAGCUCCUUGGUUACAAUACUCUCGCGCGAGAAAUUCGUGCGUAACCUCCAUCGCUUGACGGAUGAUACACGGCAAAUGUGUGUAGACCUUCUCAGGAAAGACUCCAUACGCCCUACGGAUGAUGGGAAGGAGGCAAGUGAGAAAACGGAGCAAUGGCGUGUUAUGAACCCCUUCGAUGAGAUUUACCGACUUAUAUACCAGAUGACCAUACGCACCUUGGCUGCCGAAGAGGUGGCCGACGACCGUGCCUUGGGUGAUUACACACUCAAUGUAUUUCAAAGUCUAGAACACCGCGCAUCCGUAGCUAAAGUAUUUAUUUCUUGGCUGCCUGCUCCAGGCCAUUAUCUCCGGAUGUGGGAUGGUUACAGGCUAUAUCGUGUCUUCGCCCGUGUUGUUAAAGAUCGGGCGCGUACAGGCACGCGCCAUGAGGACACGCUCCAAUAUCUAAUAGAUUCGGGGGCUAGUAUUAAAGAUAUCACAGGAUUUGUUAUAAACGCGCUCUUCGGUGGUCAAGUCAACACUGGGAUAAACGCAGCGUGGAUACCCAUAUUCUUGAGCCUGUCGCCUGAGUGGAAAGCGCGCUCGCUUGCGGAGGUGAAAGGAGUCCUUUCGCGAAACCGUACAUCUCCCGAGCAGAAGCCCCUCGAUUUCCUAGGCGCGCUGACCUUGGACUCUUGGCAAAAUGAUUUCCCCGUUAUUGACCUUUGUCUCCGCGAAUGUAUCCGACUCAUCCUUCUCGGGUGCCCAAAACGGAAGAAUACGAGCGGUGCCGACAUCCCUGUCAACGACCAAGGCGAGGUGAUACCAAACGGCUCUUAUGGAGUCUACUUGAUCGACCAGGUACAUUUCAAUCCGGACAUAUACUCGGACCCCUUCAAGUUUGACCCCGGACGCUUCGAGCCUCCCCGCGCCGAGGAUAAAAAGGUCCCCCACGCGUUCCUGGGAUGGGGUGCCGGAAGGCAUCAGUGCUUGGGCAUGCGCUUCGCCAAGCUCGAAAUCACCAUCAUUAUGGUCUACUUCAUCGCGCUAUUCGAAUUCGAACUCGCGUCUGACAUCCAUGGCACACCGAGUACCACGCGCCCGCCACUCCCCAACCGUAACGACCACUUUUCCACCAAACCAAAGAAGCCGGGCUACCUUCGCUACAGGCCGCGGGGUGAUAUGUGGUAGUCCUAAAUUUGCGAACAUUGUGGGAACUGACUGUCUUCAACCAUAGCCAUUUAUGAGGAAGACAUUUUUAUUUCUUUCUUUCGAUCUAUGAAGACAUAGCCUAGUUGCGGAACCAUAAUCAUGUUUUGCUUCUUAGUCGCUUUGCUCUAUAACGCAAACGGAGACGACCCAUGGGAAUGUGACACGUGUGUAGAAACUUGAUGGGAAUUUCUGCCUACAAAGCCAAAAUAAAAUCCAUUUGAAUUACCUAGGAUUCAUUGCUCUAUAUCGUAUCAUAUGGAAAUGUCGCCUCAACUAUCGGAUUACUAAACAGCAUGUUAGGGUGUUUGUUGUGUUGCCCCUUUUCAAAUAACCGGAUUUAACCGCAGCAUUCGGAGUUAGAACAGAUAAUAUCCCAGGGGUUAUCUUCAGCGCAAAGCGAGCGGGUUAGGUAUCAAGUAACGAAGU